AUGCCCUGGAUUAAGAUAGACAGGCUCCUCCAGCGCACUAAAUCCUUAUGGAAGUUCUGUCAUUCCUGUGUGUUGCCAGCUUCCCCUGCCCACAGACCGUACAGGCUAAGAAUGGAGGCCUCCUGCCUCGAACUAGCCCUCGAAGGAGAGCGACUGUGCAAAGCUGGGGACUUCAAGGCUGGAGCAGCCUUCUUCGAAGCAGCAGUACAGGUGGGGACAGAGGAUCUGAAGACUCUUAGCGCUAUCUACAGCCAGCUGGGCAAUGCCUACUUCUACCUAAAGGAAUAUUCCAAGGCCCUGGAAUACCAUAAGCAUGACCUCACUCUAGCCAGAACCAUUGGGGACCGUAUCGGAGAAGCCAAGGCCAGUGGCAACCUUGGGAAUACAUUGAAAAUACUUGGGCAGUUUGAUGAAGCCAUCGUUUGUUGCCAGAGACACUUGGAGAUUUCUCAGGAGCAGGGAGACAAGGUAGGUGAAGCUAGAGCGCUGUAUAACAUUGGCAAUGUUUACCAUGCAAAGGGAAAGCAGUUGUCUUGGAGCAUGGCCCAAGACCCAGGUUCCCUGCCUCCAGAAGUCAAGGAGACGCUGCAGAGAGCUUCGGAAUACUAUGAGAGGAAUCUGUCUCUGGUGAAGGAGCUUGGGGACAGAGCCGCUCAGGGCCGAGCCUAUGGGAACCUCGGCAACACCCAGUACUUGCUUGGCAACUUCAGCGAAGCCACGGCUUUCCACAAAGAGCGACUCGCCAUCGCCAAGGAGUUUGGGGACAAAGCAGCCGAGAGGAGAGCGUACAGCAACCUGGGCAACGCGCACAUCUUCCUCGGCAGGUUUGACAUCUCGGCGGAGUACUACAAGAAAACACUCCAACUCUCCAGACAACUGAAAGACCAAGCAGUAGAAGCUCAGGCUUGCUACAGCCUCGGAAACACUUACACGUUGCUCCAAGACUACGAGCGAGCCAUCGAGUACCAUCUAAAGCACCUGCUGAUAGCGCAGGAGCUGGGGGACAGAGUGGGAGAAGGAAGAGCCUGCUGGAGUCUAGGAAAUGCCUAUGUCUCUCUCAGGAACCAUGACCAAGCCCUGCGCUUUGCAAGGAAACAUCUUGAAAUCUCCCAAGAGAUCGGGGAUCGGAAUGGGGAGCUGACGGCUCGAAUGAACGUGGCCCAGCUGAAGUCAGCCCUUGGCGAUGAGAAUGGGGAUGCAACCCGUCAUUCCGCUGGCUACGAAGCGCAAGGAGCCAGGCCUAAGAGAAUCCAAAGGAACAGCAUGGACAGUUUAGACCUCUUGAAGUUCCCCUCCGAAAAGGAGCAGAAUGGGGAUAGCCACCACAUGGGAAACCUGAAGAUCACGGGAAAGGACUUCUUGUCUCUGCCUGUGAGAUCCAAGAAAUAUCAGGAGAACCAGUCCAGUUCAGAGAGGAAAUCCCAGGAUUCCAAUACGUCACCACUGGAUGCCAGUGAUGUCCGACUCCAGGUGUCUCAAUCGAAAAUCAGCCGGGCCCCUUCAGACGAGGAAUGCUUCUUUGACCUGCUGAGCAAGUUCCAGAGCAGUCGAAUGGAUGACCAGCGCUGCCCGCUAGAAGAAUCCCAAACAGAGGCUGCAGAGGCUGCUGCCACCUCCGUGCCUGCCCUGGAAGAAAGAAUAUCUCAGUCCUCGUUAAUAGCAUCUCCGCAGACAGAGGAGUUCUUUGAUCUCAUCGCCAGCUCCCAGAGCAGGCGGCUGGAUGACCAGCGUGCCAGCGUGGGCAGCCUGCCCGGCCUCCGCAUCACUCACAACAACCUGGGGCACCUGCGCAUGGAGGGGGAUGCCCAGGAGCCAGGGGACGAGUUCUUCAACAUGCUCAUGAAGUGCCAGUCAUCCCGGAUAGACGACCAGCGCUGCGCUCCGCCGGACGCCGUCCCCCGUGGCCCCACCAUGCCUGACGAGGACUUCUUCAGCCUCAUCCAGCGCGUCCAGGCCAAGCGUAUGGACGAGCAGAGGGUGGAUCUGGCUUCGGCCCAGGAGGAGCAGCAGCAGAGGAGACCCAGCUCCAGCUAA